AACUGGCCAUGGCGGCCAGAUCUUCCCUGAAGAAGAUGUCACAGGCUAAGGGUCAAUCUUCUGGUUGGGCUGCUUUUGAUUUCAAGCAGAGACAGAAACAGGGUAUUGAAUCUGGAGUUGCCCAGGAUCCCUUCCCAGCCAUAGCAAGCAGCCCAAAUUCUUUGAGACAGGGCAAGAAGUUGCUCAAGAAUAAUCAUGCUCCGGUCAAGUCAUUUUCUUCAGUCCUCCUUCCGUCUAAUAAUUUUCCAGCGUUGAAAGCGAAUAGGAAUGACAAAACUAUGCCUUCAAGUCAUGAUUCUGGCGGCAAUUAUUGUAAUACUGUUCCUCUAAAAGAUGAUACUUUAGCCAUAAAGAAGCUCAAAGACCAACAUCUUUGGGCUGAAAAUAGCUUGAUUGAAGAUGUCUUGGCUGCUGUAAGUAAUGAUGUUUCCAAGGCCUCAAAACUAUUGGAAACAAUGGCUUCUUCUGUCAACUUUGAAGAACUCAAAAUGGCUUCUGCAGUCAAUUCUGGAGAUCAAAAUGAAUCAAUUGUUCCACGAUCAGCUACCCUGGCUGAUGUUCUAUGUGAUAAGAUGACAGACAAAGGUCUCUCUUCAGAAAAUCUAAUGGACCUUGCUCCUUUUGGCCAUCACAAAGACUAUGACAAAGACUAUGGAGGUGGAAAUGAUUCCAUAGUCCAAGGUUUCUCUGACUAUGGAAACUCAAGAUCCAAUACUGGGCUCUUGAACUCUGUUCCUGUUGAGCCUGAAUGGGAAGAGGAUGAUGUUUAUUUAAGCCACCGAAUGAAUGCAUUGCGAGUGACGAGGUCAGCAUCUCGACAUUCUAAGGCAGCCACUAAUGCUUUUCUGAGAGGUGAUCAUUUCUCUGCCCGGCAGCACUCAAUGAAGGCUCAAGAGAACUUGCUUACUGCUCAAGGACUUAAUGCUAAGGCAGCCAAAGAAAUUUUUAGUAUCAGGAAUAGUGAAAAUGAUCUAUGGAGAUUGGAUUUGCACGGUCUUCAUGCAUCAGAAGCUAUUGAAGCAUUGCAAGAAUAUCUGCAUAGAAUUGAAAGCCAAGGAUUCUUGAGAAGUUCAAAUGGAGUGAAGGAUAAGGAUGGGAUUGUAAGUUUGACUUCUGGGUCAGUUAGUAGCAUGGAUAGGCAAAAUUUGGAUAAACAACUGGCACCUGUAAGGCUUAGGUCAUCAGCUUUGGAAGUCAUAACAGGUAUUGGCAAUCAUAGUCGAGGACAAGCUUCUCUUCCAACAGCUGUGAGAAGUUUCCUUAAUGAAAAUGGAUACCGUUUUGAAGAGAUGAGACCAGGAGUGCUCACCGUGUGGCCCAAGUUUCGUCGAAGUUGAUCUGGAUUUCUAUAUGCUCAAAUAUGUCAUUGUACACAUUUCGCUGCUUCAUUGUAAAAUCUUUGUUCGUUUGUAGGAAAAUUUGAUAUUCUGUCAAUUGAGAUUUCCUUCUUUAGGGCGUGGAAUAGUAAUAAGUUAUCUUUUGUAACCUUAGAAGGAUUAACGUCACUUCAAAAUUCUGAUAUUGAUGCAUGUUCUGUAUGUAUAUUCUUGAGUGAUGAGUUUGAUUAAUUAGGCACCGUCACCUUGUAUGUUUGUGAAUCAAUAGUGAUCAUAUUUUCUUGGCAUUUUUUA